AUGGCGCGACAGUUGGAACCAAUAAAUGAGGGUCUGCUCGCUAGGAUCUCGGAUCUCUUGCUGUGCCGAUGGACUUGUAGAAAUUGUUGUCAGAAGUGUUUCGACUGUAGCUGUUGUCAAACAAGUGAAGAUGAAGUUGAAAUCCUGGGACCUUUUCCUGCUCAGACUCCCGCCUGGCUGAUAAGCAGCCAGAAUGAGGACAAGGAUGGAGACUCUGAUAAUACGAUCAGCGAGUUGCCUCCCGCUCUCCAGGGUGCUUCCCCUGACAGGCGGCGGUCGUCCUCAGAUGCAUCACGGUCCACUUACAGCCUCACGAGGCGCAUUUCAAGUUUAGAGUCAAGGAGGCCAAGCUCUCCGCUAAUUGACAUCAAACCUAUUGAGUUUGGAAUUAUAGGAGCUAAAAAAGAAAUAGUGCAGCCAACUAUCCUGCGAAAAACCUAUACCCCAGAUGACUAUUUUAGAAAAUUUGAACCCAGACUGUACUCUCUUGACUCGAACAGCGAUGAUAUGGACUCCUUGACGGAUGAGGAAAUCUUAUCGAAGUAUCAGCUGGGCAUGCUGCAUUUUAGCACUCAGUAUGAUCUGUUGCAUAAUUACCUAAUAGUACGAGUCAUUGAGGCUAAAGAUUUGCCUCCUCCCAUCUCUUACGAUGGUUCAAGGCAAGAUAUGGCUCAUUCUAACCCCUACGUGAAGAUCUGCCUCCUUCCGGAUCAGAAGAACUCCAAGCAGACGGGAGUGAAACGCAAAACCCAGAACCCGGUGUUUGAGGAGAGGUACACAUUUGAAAUCCCGUUUUUAGAAGCCCAAAGAAGAACUCUGCUUUUAACCGUAGUGGAUUUUGACAAAUUCUCACGCCAUUGUGUUAUUGGGAAAGUGUCGAUGCCCUUGAGUGAUGUAGACCUUGUGAAAGGCGGACACUGGUGGAAAGCCCUUGUUCCUAGUUCUCAGAAUGAAGUUGAGUUGGGAGAGCUGCUGUUGUCGCUGAACUACCUACCCAGCGCGGGAAGACUGAACGUAGACAUCAUUAGAGCCAAACAGCUGCUUCAAACAGACAUGAGCCAAGGUUCAGAUCCCUUUGUGAAAAUCCAGCUUGUUCACGGGCUGAAACUAACAAAAACCAAGAAAACCUCCUGCAUGAGGGGGACCAUCGAUCCCUUCUACAACGAGUCCUUCAGCUUCAAGGUGCCACAGGAAGAACUGGAAAACGCCAGCUUAGUUUUUACAGCAAUGCCGGAGCCCGUGCAGGCCUUCUCCUGCCCUCUCUUCUGGAGCGAGUACGAGGGCCACUGCUACAGAUACUUCCCCAUCAACAAAACGUGGGCCGAGGCUGACCUUUACUGCGCCGAGUUCUCCGUCGGCAUCAGGUCGGCGAAACUGGCCUCCAUCCACAGCUGGGAAGAAAACGUCUUUGUGUACGACCUGGUGAACAGCCGCGUGCCGGGGAUCCCCACCGACAUCUGGACGGGACUCAACGACCUCCGGCAGGAGGGUCACUUCGAAUGGACAGACGGCUCCUCGUACGACUACAACUACUGGGACGGGAACCAGCCGGACGACGGGAUCCACGCCAUGCCGGGGGAGGAGGACUGCGUGCAGAUCUGGUACAGGCAGAGCAGCGGACCUGGAGUCAAUGGAGCGAGAAAAAGCAGCAACGGAAACAAGGCUGGAUGCAAACAUGCAGAAAUAGCUGCCAGGCCAUGUAAUGGCACCGGCUCUGUUGCUUUGAAAGCCUGCACCGGAAAAAUUCGUGGCCUGAAGCAGACCUGA